AUGACAGUGGCCGUCUCGCAUUGGACGAGGAGCCCCGGCACGAGCGUCAGUCUCAGCUCGCACCCGACAGACUACAACGACAUGGCCUACUCGGAAGUCCAGUUCUCAGUAGAUUCAAUGGACGAGGACAAAGACGGUAGCGGGGGCCAGUCUCACCUGCCCUGGGGAGAAGAGACAGAGGGAGCCGGCGGGGGAGGAUCGGGCUCGGGUGCGGUCCACAGCGACAGCCUCCUCUUCGAGGACUUCGUCGACCUGGAGAGGCUUUCUUCGACGACCACCGGGGGUGACGAGCUCCCUCCCUCUGCUGCCGUGCCCGACUCGUUCUUCUACAACAUGCCACUCCCCUCUCAUGGGUCCGCGUCGACGACAAGCGUAUCGGACGAUCUGGACGACAUACUAAGUUGCCACACACAUCCGCUCAUGGAAACUAGGACUAGCGCCGCAGCAGGUCCCGCUGCCACAUUAGUGCCAUCAUCAGCAGCCGCUAGAGGAGGGGCGGCGACUUCAGACGCGGUGGUACCGUCUGCUGUGGGCGUUCCGGGUAUCCAGUCUUCAUGGACGAUCGACCGUGAAGAAGAACAAAGGAAGGCUUCGACCUAUCCGGACACAGCUCACGCUGGCGGGGCCGAGUCGAUCUCUGACUCUGAGCUCCUGCGCCUGGAAGGCAUAUCGUUGAAAGCGUCGCCAUCUCGCGCUCCAUCUGUCGUCGUUUCCCAUCCUCCCACUCCUCUUCUUCAAGCUUCGUCCGCUACCAGCAGCAACAGCAACCUCCACCUUGCCGGCAGCAGCAAUCAGAACAAUACUAGCAGCAACAGUCACACCAACGGUGGUCGUAAGCCGAGCAACUUCUUCAAGGUUGUCGCAUCGAAACUGCAGCAGAAAGCUGCCUCUGUCCGCCAUAAACAACCCACCAUGUCUACCGUCGCCAUCGACAGCAGGGGUACCCUCUCCCCCAACGCCUCGCCUCGCAAGUUCAAGCUCCGUCCCGAGCAUCUCCAGAACCUCGGUGGCCCUCACCCCGCAAGACUUCCCCUGUCCCCUCCCAACAGUGCCACUAUUCCCCAGGACCUGCCUUCCGCAUCAUCAGCCGGCGGCAACCCCAUGUCGUUUGGCUGUGGCUACGUCGAAGACCCCUUCUUCGAUGCUGGUGUGGCCGUCAACCACGUCCCCGUAUUCCGUCGUAGCGAUCCUACCACGCCACUGGACACUCCCGUUCUGGAUGACAAGGGCGGCAUGUUCUAUCACCACCAGCAGAUGAGCUCCGGUAACGUUGCCAAUACCAGCAAGGCUUCCUGGCCAAUGGCCACAACAACUCCCCAGACCGACUCUCAUGUCGCUUGGUCCAAUGCCUAUGCCACUACCGAUGGCAUCGACGACCAGUGGUGGGGUGGAAACAACAUGGACUUGACAUCCAAUUCACAAUAUCAAGCACAGAACGCUCGCAACGCUACCUUCAACCUCGCCAUGCACACACAACACAGUGAACUGCCAUAUGAAUACAACAACAUCGCCGCCGCCGGACAGGAAAUGUCAGGACUCAUGAUUCACAUGCCUCAACCCCGUACCACAUCCUCGCCCAUCGUCCACUACCAGCCCCAACAGCCACUUCACCACCAGCAACAUCCCCAACAGAUGACGGAGCGGCGGCCCCGCAUGCCCCGUGCCCCCUCGGCCGGCGCCCGGCAUAUGUGCCUAUCAACGCCGAUGCGCAAGACGCGUAACCCGAGCCGCACACGUCAAGCCAGCCGCGACUCUUCAACGUCGCCCACACCUACGAAUCGCUCCCGUCACAGCAGCGGCGGCUCGUUGUCCAGUAUCGGUGGUGGCGGCGCAGCUCUCAGCGCCAGCGUUAAGAAGCGUCGGUCUUGGUCUCGUCGCGAAAGCAUGCGCACUCCUUCCAUCGGCAACUUGGGCGGUGCGUCCGAGGGGGUCGGCUUCGUCAACUUUACUCCCAGCGACAAGAAUGUUCUCAUGACCGGUGUGGCGCCCAGCGGAAGCUCCAAGACAAAGGCACGUCGGGAGAAGGAGGCGAUGGAGAAGCGACGAAGACUGAGCGAAGCAGCUAUCAAGGCCGUCAAGGCCGCCGGCGGCGAUGUGGACAAACUGGUUGAGGAAGGGUUCGUCUUCUGA